AUGGCACAUCACACAGACUCUUUCGCCGCGGAGCAGCCAGCUCGGUCUGCGCCUGAUAUCGAGAAGCAGCAAGCUUUGCACCAGGAACAAUCUCAUGUGUUGGAUGACGAGAAGAAGCCUUCCGCGGCGGUCGACUACUCCGGAGCCGCGGCCAAGACUGAUCCUGCUGAAAUCAAGCUUGUGAGGAAACUGGACCUCUGGAUCAUGCCAACGCUAUGGCUCAUGUACUGGCUCAACUAUCUUGACCGCAACGCCAUCGCCCUCGCCCGCCUCAACGGCCUCGAGAAGCAGCUUGGCCUCAGCAGCGUUGAGUACUCCACCUGCGUAUCCAUCCUCUUCGUCGGGUACAUCCUCGGCCAGAUCCCCAGCAACAUGGUCCUCACCCGUGUCCGACCCUCUUGGUACAUGGGCGGCUUCAUGAUGGCCUGGGCCGUUGUCAGCGCCCUCACCGCCGUCGUCCGGGACUACAAGGGCCUCGUACUUACGCGCUUCUUCCUCGGCGUCGUCGAGGCGCCCUACUACCCCGGCGCCCUGUACAUCCUGUCCAUCUUCUACACCCGCAAGGAGCUCGCGACGCGCAUCAGCGUGCUCUACUCGGGCAACAUCCUGGCCACCGCCUUUGUGGGGCUCAUCUCCGCCGGCGUCUUCCACGGCCUCGAGGGCGCCAGCGGGCUCGAGGGUUGGAGAUGGCUGUUCAUCCUGCAGGGUGCCGUGACCCUGGCCAUCGCCCUGGCGGCCUGCUUCACGCUCCCCGACGAGCCCCCCACGACGCGCUGGCUCACACCCGUCGAGCGGCAGCUCGCGCACGCCCGGAUCGAGCGCGAUACGGUCGGAGCCGCGUGCGUGCCGAGCAGCACGUGGGCGGGCCUGCGCGAGGCCGUCGUCGACCCCAAGGUCUGGGUCUUCAUCUACAUGCAGCACAUGCACCUGGCGACCAACGGCUUCAAGAACUUCUUCCCGACCAUCGUCGAGACGCUCAACUUCGGCACGACCGUCACGCUCGUGCUGACGUGCCCGCCGUACCUCAUCGCCGGCGCGCUGUCGAUCGCGUGGGCGUGGAGCUCGGGCCGGCGCAACGAGCGGACGUGGCACAUCACCAUCGCCAAGGGCGUCGCGCUCUUCGGGUUCGUACUGGCGUGCGCAACGAUGAAUACGGGGGCCCGUUACUUCGCCAUGGUCGUCUUCACCGUUGGGACGUACGGGGUAAACUCGAUCUUGCUCAGCUGGGUCGGAAGCACGUGCGGGCAGACAAAGGAGAAGAAGGCCUCGGCGCUGGCGAUUGUCAACACAAGCGCCAGUAUCAGCUUCAUCUGGACCCCGUACUUGUGGCCUACGUCGGAUGCUCCGAGAUAUGUCAUUCCCAUGGCCAGCAGCGCGGCCUUUUGCGUUGCGUGCACCGCAGGCGCGUGGUUGAUGAGGCGGAUGCUCGUCAAGGAGAAUGGGAAGAUUCGACAGAGUAACCAGGAGGCGAUUUUGUUCUACGCAUACUAG